CCACACUUACAUUGCGGCCCCCCCCCUUGCAUCUUCGGCAACUUCAACUCCACCACCACUUCCAUCCAGAUUGGAAUUCAGAGACAGACCACCCUAGCGCACCGAUUCGUCAUGUCUACCGGUACUACGACCACCCCUUCGACUGCCCAAGCCUCUGGCGGCGACGAGGCGACAGACCUCAGCAAGCAAUAUGACACGCCUCUGGGCCUCGCACACACCACGAUGCAGGCUCUCAAGGACCGCAUCAAGCUGCACUACGACCUCGCCAGCGACUACUACCUGAACCUGUGGGGUGAACACAUCCACCACGGAUACUGGCCCACCGAGUCAUCCAAAGCGAACGACUCCAAGGAAACGGCCCAGCUUAACCUCAUCCGCCUGCUGCUCUCCAUCUCCGGCCUGCUCCCGCAAGAGCGGGAUGGCAAUGGCGAAGAGAAGCAGCUGCGCAUCCUCGACGUCGGGUGCGGCAUCGGCGGGACGACGCGCUACCUGGCUUCUGCCCUGGCCGCGGCCGUGACGGGCAUCACGAUCUCGGGGAAGCAGGUGCAGAUCGCGAGCAGGUUGUCGAGAUCCGCCGCCGCUGCUGCUGCUGCUGCUGCUCGUGGGCCGGGCUUGGAUGCCCCGCCGGCGGCGGCGGCGAGCGGCGGCGGCGACGACGACGACGACGACGACGCGGACGGGUUCAUCCCGCUCGGCGACAAGGGCGGCAAGGUGCGGUUUGUCGAGCUCGACGCCGAGCAGAUGGGCGACUACUUCGCCUCUUCGACCUCGUCGGCGUCGGCGUCGGCGUCGUCGCCUGGGCGCGAAGGCGGAGGAAACGGGGGACAGGGUUUGUUCGAUGUCGUCUGGAUUAGCGAAGCGCUCUCGCACUUCCCCAACAAGGUCCUGUUCUUCCGCAACGCGCACCGGCUGCUCCGCCCCGGCGGGAAACUGGUGCUGGCGGACUGGUUCAAGGCCGAGGAUCUGGAGGACGGUGUCUUUGAGGCGGAUAUCAAGCCUAUCGAGGAUGGCAUGCUUCUCCCACCGUUGUGCACGCAGCAAGAGUACGUGGGCCUGGCUACGGAUGCUGGCUUGAAGGUUUUGGGCGGGCCGAAGGAUAUCAGCAAGGAUGUAAGCAAGACUUGGGACAUCUCGUGGUCGCUGGUGCAGAAUCCCUCGCUGUGGGCAUUUGCCUUUAGUCAGGGAAGAGACGGCAUCGCCUUCUUGCAGGCCUUCCGCGCCAUGAGAAGAGGGUAUGCGAACGGGAGCUUCCGAUAUGCUGUCAUGUCCUUUGCGAAGCCGUAA